CUGCCUUUUACAAAUGGCGGCUUAGGCAAAAGCACGCUGUUUUAUCUAAUCAAAAGAUUUUUCAUUAACGAUUUUUGUACAUAUAGUAAAUAUAUUCGUCUUUGUGUAAGAAUUCACAAGGGUGAAAUAGUAAGAUAUUGUGUCAUUUGUACAAAGGGAAAACGAAAAUUAUUAAAAUUCUUACGCAUAAAAUUUAUCAAAAUGGGAAACGUAUUAGCAGCUUCUGUACCUCCUCCACCUUCGCCGCCACCUCCGACCUCAGGUUUAUUACCAAAUUUAGAAAAACCAGAUUCUUCUGAGACUUUGAACUCUAGUAGACUUUCUGAUGGUUUGAAAAAUCCUGGUACAAUCGAGGAUCUUCAUAAAAAGUGUAAAGAUGUAUUUCCUGCAAACUUCGAAGGUGCAAAACUGAUGUUUAAUAAAGGUCUUAGUAAUCACUUUCAAAUUUCUCAUACAAUAAGCAUGAGUUCCAUUGCACAAUCUGGGUAUAGAUUUGGAGCAACUUAUGUUGGUACACAGCAACCGGUACCUUCAGAAGCUUAUCCAGUGUUAUUGGGUGAUAUAGAUCCAAGUGGAAAUCUUAAUGCUAAUAUUAUUCAUCAAUUUGGUGAAAGAUUAAGAGGUAAAUUAGCUACUCAAGUACAGAAAAGUAAAUUUACAGCUGUUCAAAUGACAACGGAUUAUCGUGGUGAUGCAUAUACAGUUUCUUUGACUUUGGGUAAUCCGGAUAUACUUAAUGGUUCUGGCGUUUUUGUAAUGCAUUAUCUUCAAAGCAUAACUCCAUCUGUUGCGUUGGGUGGAGAACUUGCUUAUCAACGAGGUCCAGCUGUGCCAGGAGGUCAAGUUGCUGUUCUCUCAGCCGCUGGAAGAUAUACGAACGGAGAUUCUACGAUUAGUGGUAGCUUAGGUUUAUCUGGAUGUCAUCUCUGUUUUCAUCAAAAAGCUAGUCAGCAAUUACAAGUUGGUGUAGAAUUGGAAAUUAAUUGUAGAAUACAAGAAUCUACCGGAGCAAUUGCUUAUCAAAUCGAUUUACCUAAAGCUGAUUUAAUAUUUAGAGGAAGCGUAGAUACAAAUUGGACUGUGGGUGCAGUUUUGGAAAAGAAAUUACAGCCAUUGCCAUUUACAUUUGCGUUAAGUGGUAUGAUAAAUCAUAGUAAACCGCAAUUUAGACUGGGUUGUGGAUUAAUCAUUGGUUAAAGAUAGGGACGUAAAUAAGUACGAACCGCGUACAUUACUUAGGUAAAUAUCGGGAAGAAGAAACAAUGGAGUAUCAUGUGACUUUUGUGAAUACCAUUCGAGAGAAACUUGUAAUUAAUAUCGAUGAUGCCCAAACUGAUUCCCUUCUAUUUGUUGAUUACCUCAUCUGCUCACCAUCGUGUUUAUAAGAUCGUUUUGUUUGUUUAUUUUUUAUUAAAGAAAUACCAUAUCAACAGGGUUUUUUAA